CGCGCCUUUUGACCCCGGCGCGGCGCCGUACCCGGAACGCUCUCGCUGCUCCUCGGGCGGGCGCGAUGGCGGACGUGUCCGAGAGGACGCUGCAGGUGUCGGUGCUGGUGGCCUUCGCCUCGGGAGUGCUGGUGGGCUGGCAGGCAAACCGGCUGCGGAGACGCUACCUGGACUGGAGGAAGCGGCGGCUGCAGGACAAGCUGGCGGUGAUGCAGAAGAAGCUGGACCUGGCCUGACCGCUGCGCCGGAGCGCACGACCGAGCCAGGCUUGCUCUCCCUCCCCGCCGGCCGCGCCGGGGCGCUCCGGCGUCUCGGUGAGCCCUUGGGCAGGGCCUGAUGG